CAUAUUCCACCUCCGCCUCAAACCUCGCGCGCUCCCGCGUCGCGCGCCGCUGACUUUCCUCAUUCCCCCCGCUGCAGCGAGCUCGGAAUCCGAAUCGAAACGAGAGGAGGGUGUAAACGUCGUUGCCGCCCACUCGCCGGCACGUCGCCAUCCAGAUCGCACGCAUUGACCAGACCACCCAACUCUACUUCUUCUUCUUCUUCUUCCAUCGAUCUCCAGACGCUCGCCGAUCGAUCGAGCAGCGGAGGAGCACAGUAGUGUGUAGCUAUGGCGGUGACCGGCGGCGGGAGGCCGGCGGUGAGGCAGCAGGCGGCGAGGGGGAAGCAGAUGCAGAGGACGUUCAACAACGUCAAGAUCACGCUCAUCUGCGGCUUCAUCACGCUCCUCGUCCUCCGUGGCACCGUCGGCAUCAACCUCCUCACCUACGGCGUCGGCGGCGGCGGCGGCUCCGACGCCGUGGCGGCCGCCGAGGAGGCCAGGGUCGUCGAGGACAUCGAGCGCAUCCUCCGCGAGAUCCGCUCCGACACCGACGACGACGACGACGACGAAGAAGAAGAGCCACUCGGCGUCGACGCGUCGACGACAACGACGACCAACUCGACGACGACGACGGCCACGGCGGCGAGGAGGAGGAGCUCGAACCACACCUACACGCUGGGGCCCAAGGUGACGCGGUGGAACGCCAAGCGGCGGCAAUGGCUGUCCCGGAACCCGGGGUUCCCGUCCCGCGACGCGCGCGGCAAGCCCAGGAUCCUCCUCGUCACCGGGUCGCAGCCGGCGCCGUGCGACGACGCGGCGGGCGACCACUACCUGCUCAAGGCGACCAAGAACAAGAUCGACUACUGCCGCAUCCACGGCAUCGAGAUCGUCCACAGCAUGGCGCACCUCGACCGCGAGCUCGCCGGCUACUGGGCCAAGCUGCCGCUCCUCCGCCGCCUCAUGCUCUCCCACCCGGAGGUGGAGUGGGUGUGGUGGAUGGACAGCGACGCGCUCUUCACCGACAUGGCGUUCGAGCUCCCGCUCGCCCGCUACGACACCAGCAACCUCGUCAUACAUGGCUACCCGGAGCUCCUCUUCGCCAAGCGCUCCUGGAUCGCCCUCAACACCGGCAGCUUCCUCCUCCGUAACUGCCAAUGGUCACUCGAGCUGCUCGACGCGUGGGCGCCCAUGGGACCAAAAGGCCGCGUCCGCGACGAGGCCGGGAAGGUUCUGACGGCAAGCUUGACGGGGCGGCCGGCGUUCGAGGCGGACGACCAGUCGGCGCUGAUCCACAUACUGCUGACGCAAAAGGAGAGGUGGAUGGAGAAGGUGUACGUGGAGGACAAGUACUUCCUCCAUGGAUUCUGGGCGGGGCUCGUGGACAAGUACGAGGAGAUGAUGGAGAGGCACCACCCGGGCCUCGGCGACGAGCGGUGGCCGUUCGUCACCCACUUCGUCGGGUGCAAGCCGUGCGGCGGCUACGGUGACUACCCGCGGGAGCGCUGCCUGGGCGGCAUGGAGCGCGCGUUCAACUUCGCCGACAACCAGGUGCUCCGGCUGUACGGAUUCCGGCACCGGUCGCUGGCGAGCGCCCGGGUCCGGCGGGUGGCGAACCGGACGGAUAACCCGCUGGUCAACAAGGAGGCCGCGCUCAAGAUGGACGCCAAGAUCGAGAGCUGAAUUUUUUUUAUCUGAAUUAAGCUUGGAGAUAAUCAAAUGUGUGAUCGAUGCUACAGAUUUUGUUUUAUGUGUUUGUUGAAUCAAAUACAGUUCGUUUCAGGUUCUUUAUUAGGAACUGAUGAUGAUGAUGAUGAUGAUGAUGAUACAGUAAUUGUUGCCGCAGCAAGUCAUCUGCUGCUGUUUUUGGAUUAA